UUCAAAUGUAACUGAAACUACUGGAACCGGGACUUUAGUUGGAAUAACCGUUGCCGGAGUGCUAGUUUUCAUUGCAAUUUUCUUUAUAGUCCUCAGGAAGAAGAAGGGAAGAACAUAUGGCUCUACAAGUCCAUAUGAUCAAUCUCUCAGUCAACCCACUCUACCAAAUAACAGCGGUUCGAAUAAGAUAGCAUUAUCACCUACAAUGCAAGCCUCAUACAAUCGUCAAGGUCAUACAUCGGAUACCAUUGAGCCACCAGGAUCUAGGCAUUGGUUCACAUACGACGAGUUAAAAUCCAUAACAAAUGGAUUUUCUCAUGAAAAUCACAUCGGUCAAGGUGGAUUUGGGUCUGUAUAUAAGGGUACAAUGUCUGAUGGGAGGCAAAUUGCUGUCAAACAACUUAGGGCUGGUAGUGGACAAGGCGAUAAGGAAUUUAAGGCAGAAGUGGAGAUCAUUAGUCGCGUACACCAUCGCCAUCUUGUUUCUUUGGUGGGCUACUGCAUAGCUGAACAUCAUCGCCUUUUGGUUUACGAAUAUGUUUCUAACAAAACUUUGCAGCAUCAUUUGCAUGGUAAAUACAUGAAUAAAGAGUUUCUUCUCGAUUGGGCAAAGAGAAUGAAAAUUUCUCUAGGAUCGGCUCGUGGACUAGCAUAUCUCCAUGAAGACUGUCAUCCUCGUAUCAUCCACAGAGACAUCAAAUCGGCUAAUAUCCUCUUAGAUGAAUCUUUUGAAGCUCAGGUUGCAGAUUUUGGCUUGGCAAAACUAACAAAUGAUGCUAAUUCUCAUGUGUCAACUAGAGUCAUGGGGACAUUUGGAUACUUGGCACCUGAAUACGCUUCUAGUGGAAAAUUGACAGACAGGUCCGAUGUGUAUUCAUUUGGUGUUGUGCUUCUAGAGUUAAUAACUGGGCGUAAACCAGUAGACACAUCUCGUCCUCUAGGAGAUGAGAGCUUAGUUGAAUGGGCUCGACCACUCUUGAUUCAUGCCCUUGAGACAGGUAAUUUUGAUGAAUUAGUGGAUCCUAGAUUGGAGAACAAGUUUCCCAAAGUUGGAAUGCUACGUAUGAUUGAAGCAGCUGCUGCUUGUGUUCGUCAUUCUGCUCCCAAGCGGCCAAGAAUGGUGCAAGUAAUGAGAGCAUUGGAUAACGACGAAAGCUUGAGUGAUCUCUCCAACGGCAUAAAAUUUGGACAAAGUAUGAUCUACAACUCUGGCCAAUACUCUGCUGAAAUUCAUAACCUUCACAAAAUGGCAUUCUCUAAUGGAAGCUUUAGCAUUGACCAUGAUAAUUCCAAUGAGUUUAAUCAUUGAAGUUUUGGAUACAAUGAAAGCGAUCAUUAGAUUGAUCUAUUA